AGUUUCGACACUAUUCUGCAGUAAAGAUAAUUUCGACUGCCUAUCUUUGAUCCUGAUAACAAGAAAUCGAUUGCCGCUUAGAAUUAUUGAUAACAGCUUACGCAAUUUUGUUGUUAAGCCGAGUUGCACGUCAAAGGUUUAUAUUUAAAAAAAAAAUAUGUUGCGCAUAUUUUCCUUCCAAUAACAGUGACAUUGUUUUGAUUCCUUGGAGAUUAUGAAAGAUAUUUUUUGAAAAAUAUUUCUGAAAUACUUUUUUGUAUUGAAUUUGCAGUUGUUAUGUUAUUGUACCUUGUUCGAUGCAACAAUGUACUGUACUUGAGGCUAUCGAAUAUCUACUUAUAAAACUUUAAUUGUUUCAUAAGACAAUUAUUUUAAAUUGUUGUAAAAGUAUGCAUUCAACUGAUGAGCCUAGGUGGAGAUACAUAUAUUUCACUUUAGAUAAUUAAACAAAUCGUUCUCUAAAUACUUUCAGUUAUUUGAAGAUUAUAUAACUUGAUUCAGAGGAUAGGCAUAUGAAGCUAUUUUAAAAUCAUUUCUACAUCCUGUGAUCGACUUAGAGUUAAUAUUAAACAUUUAUUGUCCUCCACUGUUGUUCAUCAGUCUGGAUUUUGCAUGUUCAAGUAAAAUCAGUGAAGCAUACGGGGUUAAUAGUGCCUGAAAGUACUAAGAAUAGAACAUCGGUCCAAAAUAUUCUGAUAUUAAUACAGUGGCCUUUAUUCCUUGUAUUUUUCUCAGAAUAAAGAAAGCGUUUGUACACAACGAUCCCAAAGAACAGAACCGACAUAUACAUGUGAAUUUCUAAAUUUACUGACCUCUGAACAGAAGGUGAUAGCAUGUUAAGCGAGCAAUAAAACAGAACACUGUAAAUGUGCUGGUAAAAUGUUUAUCAUCCUUUGUUCACGUGUGCAUGGUAUUUUAAAAUAAAUCAGUUGACCUUGAUAUGUAAUUAAUAAUGAAAAUGUUUAAGGAAAAGUCAUUAAGAAACAAAUAACAUUGGAUUUAAUAUAAAUAAAAAUUCACAGAUUAUUAUUUACAAGUAAGUUUAUAAUAUAAUACGUUGUUACAGACUAAGUGCUCACAGUAGUUCAAGGACGUAGGUUCCUAAUAGAUUUUUAGUUCCACGAAUUUAAACUGCAAUGCUAAAAUCGUAGUUGCGUUACGAGAGUUUAAUUUUAAUUAUCUUAUUUGCCUGCAGUAACGUCCAAUUAACUCGUUGCAAGAUUCGGUGCAACUAUCGACAGAAUAAUAACGUGAAACACGCGAUUAAGUUUGAUAUAUAUUUAACAUAAUGUAAGAGAAGAAAAAGAAAUUUACAUUCGUAUUUACCUUUCGAUCCGCAUUUGUUAACUAUCGGUAAGAUAGUCAAUACUGUAUCGAUGCAAUCGAUAUUCGAUUUAUCGACGAUCGAUAUUUAUCGUCCGAUUCAGACUCACUGUCGAGUGUACUUACAUAAAUUACCCAAUAAUUUAUAUUAUAUUAUAUUUUCUCAAGUAUUAACCAUUUAUACAUUCAUUUAUGAAUAUUUAUAGCGAUAAAUGUUUAUUACUUGUUUGAAUAAUACGAAUCUUAAAGAUACCUACAUAUCAUGAUUUAUAAAUGUUGUUCAAAGGCUCAUGUCUCCGACAUGAUACUUCGAACUCUUUUAAACACAUAUUACCCAACUACGUUCUUUCCUUAUCCUUACAAUGCGAGAAGCAACAUUAUCUAAAUACGGGUAGGGGAACGUGAUAUUUACGAUUCACAACCAGAGUUGCCACCUUAUUGCAAAAUAAAAUUUAAACAUGGAAAAAGAACGAGAAGAUAAUAUUUCAGCUAGUCGUUUAUUUCAUACAGUAUUCUUAUUUGUUAUUCAAAUAAAAAGUAUUCCAACGAGAUGGUUAACUCGAUUUUAGCCGAUUCGUGAAAUAGGAUUAUCUGUUAUUACGCAACAGAACGGGGCACCGAGUACGGCUGAUCCGUCACUGGGCGGAUCUCGGUGUUUUCCAAAUCAGCUGUUAGUCGCCGGUGAAGGGUGACUCGUCGUUGACCGUAGUGGGGGGGCCUCAGUCGGCUUCGAGACUUGGGCCGGUGCGCAUUGUGUCUCGUUGUUGCGCACCUUGUCCCGCUGUACGUAUUUACCUACGUAUACCGUAGUAAGCUCGUGCGCGCAUAUGUUUCUCUGGCUUUCGUUACGCGCACGUCAAACACCGUUUCUCCGUGCUUCUGGCCGUGUGUGACGUGUGUUGCCCAAGUGAAAGUGAAACAAGCGAGGGCACUUUUUUUUUUUUGGAAAGUAUAAUUCUACGAGACACCUUCAUUUCAUCUCGAUAAGUCGAGAAUCGUGAAUCGCACGAUACAUUGUGACGGAGUUCCGUGCGCAGUAAUUCUUUUUUUCGCUCCUCUCCUCUCGCGUGGUCGUCGUGCAACGGACUUACGGCAGACAGUUGCCACUCGCCGUGCGAAACCAUAUGCUCGUGGCCGCAUACGGAUACACUUAGUUGGAAACUUCCAUGUAUCGAUGAAAGGGGAACUCCGUGGUGUCCCGUCGAAGCUUAGCAAGUAUUUAAAAAUAAAUACCAACGCGAAGUCCUGUUCGACGAACUGGAGGAACACGUGGCACCGUGGUGUGUGGAAUUCAAGUGCGUUCUCCAGCCUGAUUCUUCCUGAAGAGAGCAGAUAUUAGCGAAGGUGGCCAAGGCCGAGGCUUUGCUCUCCGUACAAGGAUCGCCAUAGCUGCGGCAAGAAAAUCGCAUUCCACUACCAGGCUUCUUCUUCUUCUUCCUGUGAAAAGAGAGCGAGAAGAAGGAGCGUGUCGAAGAGUACCCAGGAUGCGGGGAUCGUUCGAUUGACGAAUACAUCCUCGUCAUCGUGUUUCUAUCCCGCGGUUAUGCAGUGACGUUGCGAAGCCCGUGGAGAAUCACGAAAUGCCGAAGAGCCGGGACUCGUCGAGCACCAUGAAGAAUCCGGAACACGAGAGCGGAUAUUUCGAGGAUGGUAGCGACGUGGAGACGGUCGCCGAGGAGACGACGGUAGCCGAAGAAAGGAAGUAUGGAUCGAGUUGUUACGGGCUUGCCAGGGGUAUCCAUCAGCUCGACGUCGGGGACACCAGUGACCCGGUUCCCGAUCACUACGAGGACAGAUUGAACAGAGUGAACCUGGCCGACAGCGGAGGACAGAGGGUAGACAUGACGCACUUCGAUUUGCUGAAGGUCCUUGGAACUGGAGCUUACGGUAAGGUGUUCCUGGUGCGAAAGAGGACGGGCACCGAUGCUGGACGUCUUUACGCCAUGAAAGUAUUGAAGAAAGCGUCGAUCGUGCAGAAGAAGAAGACGACCGAGCACACGAAAACGGAGAGACAAGUUCUGGAGGCCGUUCGAGACAGUCCUUUUUUAGUUACCUUGCAUUACGCCUUUCAGACGGACGCCAAGCUCCAUCUGAUUUUAGAUUAUGUCAGUGGUGGUGAGCUGUUUACGCAUCUAUAUCAGCGGGAACACUUCACCGAGGACGAAGUGCGGAUUUAUAUCGGGGAAGUUAUUUUAGCGUUAGAACAUUUGCACAAACUGGGCAUCAUCUACAGGGAUAUUAAAUUAGAAAAUAUUCUGCUGGACAAAGAGGGUCAUAUCGUGUUAACUGAUUUCGGUUUAAGUAAAGAGUUUCUGCCGCACGAAAGGGACAGCAACGCCCGUGCUUACUCCUUUUGCGGAACUAUCGAGUACAUGGCACCGGAAGUGGUACGAGGGGGCUCAGCGGGACACGAUAUUGCAGUGGACUGGUGGAGCGUGGGCGUUCUUACGUACGAGCUGCUAACCGGCGCGUCUCCAUUUACGGUGGAGGGUGAGAAGAACACGCAACAGGAUAUCUCACGAAGAAUCCUCAAAACAGAUCCUCCGAUCCCCAGUCACCUCAGCCCAACCGUACGAGACUUUAUCCUCCGUCUUCUGGUGAAGGAUCCUCGACAGCGGUUGGGUGGCGGGCCGAGCGACGCCAAAGAGCUGAAGGAACAUCCGUUCUUCAGAAGAGCACCGCCACCCUUCUGUUGGGAGUCCCUGGAGAGACGAGAGAUACCACCGCCGUUCGUCCCUCGAAUCACCCACGAGCUGGACACCAGUAAUUUCUCAGACGAGUUCACCAAAAUGAUCGCCGCCGAUAGUCCGGCGGUAGUUCCUCCGAACUACGACAAGAUCUUCCGGGGCUACUCGUACGUAGCGCCUUCUGUACUGUUCGGGGACAACGUGGUCAGCAAAGACAUCUUCAAGGAGGCGACUAAAGCUAGUACAGAAUCUCAGCGACCAUCGGCAUCGGACGUAUUAGCGGCCAGGUUCGAGGAAUCGACCUUCUUCCAGGCCUACGAGCUGGAUCCGCGCGAGGAGGCUCUGGGUGACGGUAGUUUCUCCGUCUGUCGCAAGUGCAGGCACAGGAAGACGCUACAGGAGUUCGCUGUGAAGAUAGUCAGUCGUAGAAUCGACUGCGGAAGGGAGGCGAACCUGCUGCGCACCUGUCAAGGACACCCGAACGUGGUCAAGCUGAUCGAGGUACAUCAGGACAGGGCGCACACGUACCUAGUGAUGGAAUUACUAUCGGGGGGAGAGUUAUUGAAGAGGCCGAGGCCGUUCAGCGAGCAGCAUGCCAGCAGGAUAAUGAGGCAGUUGGCCUCCGCGGUACGUUUCAUGCACUCCAGAGGCGUGGUCCACAGAGACUUGAAGCCGGAGAACAUAGUCUUCGCUCACGAGGGGGAGGAUUCCUCGGUGAAGAUCGUGGACUUCGGCUUCGCCAGGAUAAAACGCGGCUGCGAGCCUCUGCACACGCCUUGUUUCACUCUUCCAUACGCGGCCCCCGAGGUGGUAGCCAGGCAAGGGUACGACCAGAGCUGCGACCUCUGGAGUCUAGGCGCAAUUCUUUACUCCAUGCUGUCGGGGAAGCCUCCGUUCAGGACAGGCUCCCCGGACCUGGCUACCAGAAUCAGGGCGGGGGAGAUCGAUUUCGACGGCGAGUCCUGGAACCAUGUGUCCAGCCUCGCCAAGCAAGUCGCCAAGGGUCUGUUGACCGUCGACCCGAGUAAAAGACUGACAGCCAGCGGUCUGGCGAACCAUCCUUGGCUGAACGAGACCAGUUCCUUCGACGUGACCACCACCGGCUCCUACGAUGUUCACGCAGCGCACGAACACGCGAAUCCCAGCUUCCUGGAGAAGCCGGAGGGCUUCCGACUGCGCGAGGUGGACGGAGCCAGGCUCGCGCAGAGGAGAAAGCUUCAUAAACGUUCCACCUCCAGCUCCGUUUCCUCUUCCGCCUCCACCACCUCCUCGAGCCCCUCUGUACAAUUGUUAAGACCACCCAGCGCGGCUACCAAUCUCGCUACCUCCGCUUCUCCGGCUCAACCGAGCGCCUUCGACUUCGGCGAGGACAAAGUGAACGAGUACCUCAGCUCCCUGUCGUCCUCAUCGGACUCGAACUCGCCCAGAAUCAUGCAGGAGACACCCAAAAAGCGACGCAAGCGCGACGACGACCACUCGGACCAAGAUAUCUACUCGAAGCGGUACAAGAGGAUCCAUCUGGACAGUGAACUUUAUAAAAACAGGACUGGCCCGGUGACUAGGUCCAGGAAACGAAAACUCGAAGAACAGACCGUGAACGGUGGCGGUGAUCCUCUGACGGCCGAGUUGCACGAAUCUUCUCACGCGGACCUCAGAGAGAUCCAUCGGAAACAGAAGGCUGGGAAACGGCCCAAACGUUUGGCCACCAUCAUCGUAGAGUAGAUCGUCGGUCGUUCGUGUUCGAUUCGGCGGGACGAUUAAACUCGCGUCUCCUUCGUGUUGUGUCUCCUAUACGUAUGCAUUUCACGCGAUGUUGUAAUGUAAUGUAACGUUUGGCUGCCUUCGACGCUCGAUGCGACUCGAGCGAGCAUUGCGUCAUUCCUAUUUCCGGAACCUGCGGACGGGGACUUCCGCGUCUUGAAUUUCGUACGGGCUCGUCGGAGCCUUCCUCUUUACAAUACCUUUUCGGUGAAACUUUGCCUUCUAGUUUAUCUGAUUAUUUGAAAUGAUCAAAUCUAAAGUAGCCAGUAUUCUUUUUUAAGAUGUUAUUCUUGUUAUAAGUACAUGUAUAGUUUUAUUCAUUUAAUUGAUGUUUAAAUUUUCAAACUUUUGUUCUCUGUAGGGUAGGAUUAAUGGUAAUUUAACUGGAGAAGUUUAAAGGAUCUUGCUGCGUAUUUUCUACUAAAUUAUAUUUUUAUUCAAAGCAACGUUCUGAAUUUUGUUCAUUGGUUUUGGGGUCUCUGUUUAGUUCAAUUUUUCUUACUUCUCUGAUACUUGCAUCCUUUUGAAUACAGUUUGCUUUUAAACAUACGUAGAAUAUAAUACCAACAGUAUUAAAAGAUAUAGGGGAAGAUUGCAGAAUAAUUUGCUUGUUUAAAGAGCUAUUACUUUACUCAGCAGUUAUUGAAAGGUUCAGUGAAAGUACCAAGUGCUUCUCUUUCAACAUUUUUCAAAAUUUGUAUGAUUAAAGGCAAAAGAACGAUUUUUAGGUUUGUUCAGAAGCUUCUGCGGGCCCGUAUCAGAUUCAAAAUAGGGUCCCCGAGCGACACUGUUCCUUAUCGCAAUCUUUAAAUUAUUGUAGAUACUAAAUUUAAUUUUAUGCCAUGUUUAGGAUUACGUUUUAUCGAUCAGAGCUGUGGAAAAUAGUAUUUUAUAUAUAGAAACAAGCGUUUUCUUUGUCAAACGAAUUAAUCGCUUCAUCCUUUAGUCAUUUAUCUGUGUACUAUCUUAAGUUGAAUUACCUCUGUAGAUCUUAAGUUUAUCUUCGUUCAAAAUGAAAUUUGUAUAUUGGACCAAUCUUAACAUUUUGACUGCGAUAGAAAUUGAUUUUUCUUUAUUUAAAAAAACGAAUACAGAAAGAAGAUUCUAAAUAAUAUUAGAACUGUACUAAGUCAACGUAUAUGAACAAUUCAUAAUGAGAUAUACUCUAUUACAUUUAAGAUAAUUUUUCAAUUAUUCUAUUGAAAGCAACAAAGUUAUUUAUUCAAGGUAUCUCUCAAAGGGUUGCUCAAAAGUGUGCGCAAUUUAGUUAAUUAAAAUCUUCUUAAAAGAUUAAAGAAUAUGAAAUAUUGCUCUUACGUCUCCCUGUAGGACCUCCCUAUCUAAGAACCAGUUAUUUCAUAAAAUACUUCAUUAGCAUAUAAAAUUGACUCUUUGCUGUAGAAAUAAAGAGAUUCGAUUAAGGUAUAUAGCGGCAUAUAAAAAGUAAAUUACAAUGCAAAGGGUUGAUUAAUGAAAAAUUUCUUUUUCUCCUCGUUGUUUAUUAUUUUAUCAUGAAUACUAUGUUCGCCCAGCUCGUUCGAUAUUAUGUAUGUACAUAUGUGUAUGUAUUCCCGUUGUUAACACAUUGCGUACUCGUUUUCGCAUUUUCUUACAAUUACGUGUGAAAAAUUAUAGCUAAAGGGUGAUUAUAUCCCUUAAUUCAUCGAUUAUCGUGUGCUAUUUUGUUCAACCCUCGGCCGGCGGACCAUGGAGAGAGCCUCCCAAGACGGCGGACCACGGAGAGCGCCUCAACUUUAACGUAAUAUUUUUCAUUUUGUAGAUUUUUUACCGCUUCUUUUGAAAUGACAAAAUUAUAAUUAAUAACCUUUUGUACGUUCGGGUCUCGAUUGACCCAGACUCCGCUGUUCAAUGAUUAAUCAUAAAUGAUGUAGCACACGAUUAAAAUACUAUUCGAAAAGAAUCUCCCGAUGAAAAUGUAAAAUAUACGAAGGAAAUGAAUAGCUCGUUGUACGCGGUGUGUUAAUUCGUGAAGAUUUCGAUCAUUCGCAACCAUCGAGGCGACAAAUGGUGGCCCGAUUUGUACAGAAACACGAUUCUUCCUCGUGUCGAUACGAAAGAUCGAACCUGAUCAACGACUCCUUAUUGAUUUUUCCGUUCACUGUUGUCUGUGAUGAAACCUUGUGUAAAAAGAAAAAUUAGUGGCGGGUUAACGAUUGCCUCGAAUCACUUUGCGAAUUUCGAGAAAUUAGUAUAUUUUAUUUCAUAAAUAUAUAGUUACUUUUUGCAAGGAACAUUAUUUAUAUUUUCCUCACUCAGAGAUAUUGCAAGACUCUUCGUAGCAUCAAUAUAAUUCAUAUUUCCAAGUAAUAAUUAAAGACUAUCAAAUUAUUUAUUUUGUUAAGUUUCUCGAAGUGAUUCGAAAUUGCACAAUAAUUAUAGAAAAUCACCAUUAAAAAAAAUAAAACGUCGAAAUGCUCGAUCGUUUUCUUCCAGACGUUUAUCGAACGAACGCCUGAACAGCCUUCUGAACCCUGUGUCCCUUGAUCUUUCCUGAAGAAACACAGAGCAAAAAAAAAAAAAUAAAAAAAAAAAACAGGAAAGCACGGAACUCGAUUCGUGACAAUUUACAUAGAAAAAUGUGCCUCAGACGAAAGACAAUUGAGCUAUUAGGUGUGCGUGUACGUUUCUGAGCGAUCGAGAACGGCGAAGAGAACUUAUUUAUUUAACUAAUGAUUGUAAAAGAUAAAAAAAGAUGAUACGAAUGUAUGCGUGAGAGAUAGAUAGAUCGCGUGUAUUUCGUGCGAUGGAAACGAUACACGCUCGGAUGAUUGAUUAUAUUACAUACAGAUUCUAUUCGAAAGGUAUGUUCUGUUCACCGAGCAUAUAUCGAAUACACGCUAUUCUUAUACAUUGAUUUUUAGUCCUGAAUCUUUAUAAAUAUAUAUAUGAGAAAAAAGAAAAUGUUAUAUAUAAGGAGAAAAAAAUUAUAUAUACACACACUUAUACACGGCGGACACAAAAAACCAUGUACGUGUACAGCAUUGCCUCUCUGAACGGAGAUAUAGGAUCUUAUGUACAGUUGCGCGCAUAGAUGACUCCCUUCGGUUAAGCGAGAGUGUACCCUACCACUCUUCAAGCCCGGUUUACAUUGGUAGAGUGAAUGAAGUUAGAAAAUUUGGCAAGUGGUCGAGCAUUGGUAUAAUGGAAAAAUAUAUUUAUACAUCUGCAAUCAAAUUACGCUUCCCCAAGGAAAAUAGGGAUCCCCCCUGUAGGUUUCCCCCGACUGCCACUCUAAUCUCUUGGUAACCACGGGGAGAACGACAUUACAGGGAAGAGUAAACGUUCACGCGGAAAAAUUUGAAUUUAAAAUAUAACGAAUCGGUGUAAAGAAAGGGUAACUGAGAAAAGUCAUCUAUGCCUGUAUGUGUACACGCUGCCCUUUAUUUGCUAUGUAAAUUUCAAUGAAAAUUUUAUUAACAAGCAAUGUUAUUUUCAACAAAUUUAACUUUUUCUAUUGGUAUCAAAUACUUACUGAAAUUGUUUAUAAUUUGAAUUAAGUGAAAAUAUUGCUGUUUGGAGAGACAAUUGUGUACAUUCUAUAGGGUAUUAGCAAAUAUAUGUAUACAUAGGGUUGACCGAGGUUUAUCGAGUAUUAUAUAUGUAUAUAACGUACGUGUCAUUUUUCUUGUUUCUCGAGGGGAAUUCCUUCGUUUUACGUACUGCUAUUUCGCGAACGGUGAACCGAGACUAUACAUGCGAGGUGUACAUAGAAAAGAUUUAUUAACGAGACGAACAUCGAAACGUUUCUUUUUCUUUUUGUUUUAUUGAUUUUUGUUAAAAAUUUUAAUACAAGUCCAUUCGAUUUUUAGUUGUGUUAGGAAAAUUGAAGAAAAUUAAUUAGACAAUUUUGUUGUAUAUGGCGGCGACGAGUUGACACGGGUAUCGUUAUUUUGUUUGUUAAAUUUCAGUAUGUUUAUUGAACAAUUGGUGACUCACAGAAUGUUAUUUUGACUUUAUUUUAAUAUCCUUAAAUGGUAGAUGAUUCUUCCAAAGUUAAUACACGUGCAUCUUCCAAGAAAUAAUUUAACACGUUGAUUUAUAAAAAAAAAAAAUGAAUAUUGUUUUGAGGUUAACAAAAGUCUGUGAGUCACAAUGCAUCGACCUUGUUUAUAAUUUAAACAGAACGAUGAUUGUUCGACUAUCGUAAGAAAGGUACAUUGUAAAAAUAAAGAAAAGAAGAGAGAAGGAACGAAGGGGGGACGGCGAAGACUGAAAUGGUUAUACACCGACUCAGGGAACAGAGAGACGCAACCGAGAAAAAUUCUCUUGGAAAGAAAGAAAAAAAAGUAAAAUAAAAAGCUAUUCGACUACGAGAGGAUGAGCGUUUCGUCGAAACGCGUGCUUCUACCAAAGACGACCGAAGCAAAAAUCGCUCUGUAAAGACCAAAAAAAAGCCAACAAAAACAAAUAUAUAUGUAUGUAUGGGAAAAAAAAAGAAACUGAACCCGCGUUUUGCAACGUUGUUACAUAAAGUAAGGCGCGCGUUUGAUUUUCAACAAGAAAAAAAAAGAUGAAAAAUGAUGCAAAGAAUGAAAGAAAUAUUUAAUUGAGAAAAGAACAGAUAUGUAUACAUAAAGAAUUAUAUAUUUAAUAUAAGACUAUUAUUAGAAGAUUAUAUUUCUUUAAUAAGAGGAUAUUUCUAUUUAGCGAACGUGCAAGUCAUUUAACGAGUCUUUAAUAAGUUGCAAUCAGUUUGACCCGUAAACGAGACAAAGGUGGAACUGAAAAAAAUUUUUUUUUCUAGAUGCAUAUAUAUAUAUAUAAAUAUAUAUCACUGUUACGUUAUUAAUGAAAAGGAAUAAAAAAAUGAAACAAAGUCCUUCGAAGAAUACGUAUAUUUGUACAGGGAGUCGUAAGAGUCUAAUGCAUCCUUCAAGAAAAUUCGACGAGCUCGAAUUCAUAUCAUUAAGUUUUACCUGUUGCAACGAACAUUAUAGUAUUUUUGUUGGAUUCGAACGAUGACGUACAGUUGAUGCAUCCGUUUUACGAUCCUACGAAUUGGAACGUUUCUCGACGAGUAAUUUGUUCAUUGUUUCGAUCCGAACUUUUCAUCGACAGAUUCGACGUGAAAUUGUGCGAUAGACUUUUAAGGCAUCCUAUAAUGCAUAUAUUAUAUAUAAAUAUACAUAGUUAUAUAUACGGAUUCAAGCUUGUACCAUACGAUAAAGAGUGCUGUUCUGUUGCUAUAAGUACCGUAAGAGAGACGAGAUACCUUUGUUACUACUGGUUGUUAAAUAUAUCAUAACAUAAUAUUUA